CAAACGCCAACGGAUAGGGACAUCCAGCGCACCAUGUUAGGACUCACAUACUUAUGUCACUCCGCCGCUCCACUCCCGGGAGAAGCGAGCGAGGCUGACCCUCGGGAGGCACCGAGGAAACCAAACCACCAGCUUGCUAGGGGCCUAGGCCAUGGCGCUGCCGCUGCUCCUGCUUCUGUGUUUGCUCGCGGCGCCGGCGGCGGAGGGGUACGUGGCGUACAACACGAGCGCGGGGACGGUGGCCGGGCUGCUCAACGUGCACCUGGUGCCGCACUCCCACGACGAUGUCGGCUGGCUCAAGACCGUCGACCAGUACUUCGUUGGAUCCAACAACUCCAUCCAGGGCGCGUGCGUGAUGAACACGCUGGAUUCCGUGGUUGACGCGCUGGCCAAGGACCCCGGCCGCAAGUUCGUCGUCGCAGAGCAGGCUUUCUUCCAAAGGUGGUGGGUAGAGAAAAGCCCAGAAAUCCAGGCCAUGGUCCACAAGCUAGUUGAUUCUGGUCAGCUAGAGUUCAUAAAUGGUGGGUGGUGUAUGCAUGAUGAGGCUGCUACCCAUUAUAUCGACAUGAUUGAUCAGACCACACUUGGUCACCGGAUGAUAAAAAAACAAUUCAACAAGACUCCAAGAGCUGGCUGGCAAAUUGAUCCUUUUGGUCAUUCUGCAGUUCAAGCUUAUUUGCUUGGAGCAGAGCUUGGUUUCGAUUCAGUGCAUUUUGCAAGAAUUGAUUACCAAGAUAGGGCAAAGCGUAAAGAAGAUAAAGCCCUGGAAGUUAUAUGGCGGGGCUCAAGAACUUUUGGUUCAUCUUCUCAGAUAUUUACAAAUGCAUUUCCUGUCCAUUAUAGCCCUCCCAGCGGCUUUGGUUUUGAAGUUCUAGAUGACAUCUCACCUGUUCAGGACGACCUGUUGCUCUUUGACUAUAAUGUUGAACAACGUGUUAAUGAUUUUGUUUCUGCAGCCAUAGCACAGGCAAAUCUUACGCGUACAAACCACAUAAUGUGGACCAUGGGGGAUGAUUUUAAUUAUCAGUAUGCUGAAUCUUGGUUCCGGAAUAUGGAUAGACUUAUCCAUUAUGUGAACAAGGAUGGCAGAGUGCAUGCGCUGUAUUCUACUCCAUCCAUUUACACAGAUGCAAAGCAUGCGUCAAAUGAAUCUUGGCCACUCAAAUAUGACGAUUAUUUUCCAUAUGCUGAUUCAACAAAUGCUUACUGGACUGGGUAUUUUACAAGCCGCCCGACUUUCAAGCAAUAUGUUCGAGUGAUCAGUGGAUAUUACCUGGCUGCACGUCAGGUAGAAUUUUUGGUAGGUGGAUUGUUCACUUCAAGCUUGGAAGACGCUUUGGGAAUUGCCCAGCAUCAUGAUGCAGUCUCAGGAACGGCAAAACAACACACGACUGAUGAUUACUCGAAACGCCUUGCACUUGGAGCAUCCCAGGUUGAGAAAGGUGUCAAUACUGCUCUGGCUUGUUUGACAAAUUCCAAUGGAACAUGUAUGUCUCUAGCAGUAAAGUUUAGUCAGUGCCAACUGCUCAAUAUAAGCUACUGCUCUCCAACUGAGGAACAAAUUUCAAUAGGAAAGAGUUUAGUUAUUGUUGCUUACAAUCCUCUGGGAUGGGAACACAAUGACUUCAUAAGGGUUCCAGUCAAUGAUGCGCAUCUAGUUGUAAAAAGCUCUGAUGGAAGUUUUGUUGAGUCACAGUUAGUUGAGGUUGAUAACGUGACAGGCAAUUUAAGGAAGUUGUAUGUGAAGGCUUAUCUUGGAAUUGCUACAGGAAAACCUCCGAAGUAUUGGCUUUUAUUUCAAACUUCUGUACCCCCAAUGGGAUGGAAUACUUACUUCGUUUCAAAACCCACUGGGACAGGAUCUAGCAAAGCAGGGUACAUCUCAACCAUGGAUUCUCCAAGUAAAGACACAAUUGAAGUUGGACCAGGGCAUCUAAAGAUGACCUUUUCAUCGGCUUCUGGACAGCUCACAAGGAUGUUCAAUUCUGUCGCAGGAGUGGAUUUACCAAUUCAACAAAGCUUUCUUUGGUAUGGUUCAAGCACUGGUGAUGCCAUGGAUUCACAGGCAUCUGGAGCUUAUAUUUUUAGACCAAAUGGGGCUACACCAACUGCUGUUUCAAGAUCGGUUCUGCUGAAUGUCACCCGUGGUCCUCUGGUUGAUGAAGUCCACCAACAAUUCAGCCCAUGGAUAUCUCAGGUUACAAGACUUUACAAGGACAAGGAGCAUGCUGAAGUAGAAUACACGAUUGGGCCAAUUCCUGUUGAUGAUGGCAUAGGAAAGGAGGUCAUUACCCGACUAACAGCAAAUAUGGUCACAAACAGCACUUUUUAUACAGAUUCUAAUGGAAGAGACUUCCUCAAGAGGGUGAGAAACUACAGGGAAGAUUGGGAUCUUCAAGUGACUCAACCAGUUGCCGGAAAUUACUAUCCGGUCAAUCUAGGAAUGUAUGUACAAGAUGGAAAAUAUGAACUAUCGGUCCUUGUGGAUCAUGCUGUUGGAGCUUCAAGUAUUCAGGAUGGUCAAAUAGAAAUUAUGCUCCACAGGCGUAUACUUCACGACGAUGGCAGAGGUGUAGGAGAGCCACUUGAUGAAGUUGUUUGUGUAGAUGGAAAAUGCGAUGGCCUCACGGCUAGAGGUACUUAUUAUAUCAAUGUUAACAAGCUUGGACAUGGAGCUCACUGGCGACGGACACAUGGACAAAAAAUUUAUUCACCCUUUCUUCUUGGUUUUGCUCAUGAGGAUGAGAGCAGUUGGAAAUCCUACAGUAUUGUGAAAGCGAGCAUGAUGGAUGCAAAUUAUAGUCUUCCGGAUAAUGUCGCGAUCAUCACCUUGCAGAGUAUUGAUGAUGGUACCACACUCCUCCGCUUGUCACAUUUGUUUCAGACCGCUGAGGACCCUAAGUAUUCCGUAAUGGCAAAAGUUGAACUGAAAAAACUGUUUGGAAAGAGAACUAUCAAGGAAUUGACUGAAACUAACCUAUCCGCCAAUCAGAAGAAGUCAGAGAUGAGAAAGCUCAACUGGAGGGUUGUCGGAGACACUGAGAGUGGUCUGACACCGAUUAAAGGUGGCCCAGUUGACAGUCAAGCCCUAGUUGUUGAGCUGGGACCCAUGGAGAUACGCACAUUCUUACUGAAAAUAUUGCAAUAGAACAAAAUGUGAAUUCUGUUAUACGAGAUUAUGCCUUUUGUUUCUGUGAAGGAUUAUUUCUUUAAUACUUAGACUUUUGUACGGAAACACAUGUACAUGUUCUCCCUCAUUUAUUCAAAUGACAGAAUAACAAGAACUUCCAACAAAUGAAAAUAAA